AUGGAUAAUAACAUAGCGGAUUCGAUUGCCAGUGACUGGGACACCGAGCAGGAAAAUGACGACAGCAGUAACCUCGCAAACGAUGGAUACGACAACGAUGACAGUGAUGAUGGCAAUUUGAGCGAUCAAGAUGACGAUCUCACCUCAACAAAAUGCCCUCACUCAAGAUGCCGUCACAAAGGGCGCUUCCUGAACCGAGCGGGCCUUGAGCGCCAUUUCGAGUCACAUGUUCAUUGCCACGAAAUAUGCAUCUACUGUCGUCAGUUACUUCAACAAAGACGACAAUACAUACGACACACAUGCCGCACGAGGCAAAAGGCCGACGACGAAGCGAGAGAGUUCUACAGAAAAGAGCGUGCAAAGCACCGAAGUAGACGGCCCAAUAAACGAGGCACUGAAUGCUGUGAUGAACAAACAACCAGCCCUCGUAAACUGCGGAAGGGAAAUGCAACGCUUUUGAGAGAGAACAUCGUGGACAGUGAAGGGUUUGAUGGACGUUUCAAUGCAGGAGAGGCUCUGCAAGUACCGUUCAUCGCGCCACGUAACCUGCAUCCGCUCACGUAUCCAUCAAACCUAUCCAACGAGGACUUCCCGUCCAAAAACCCCUCUGUUGAGCAUAUGCAACGAUCCUACGACACCCUCGUACCCCAGCCGUACGCGCCAAUAUUUGAUGAUAUCACCAUCACACCAUGCUAUGAUUUGACUCCCAUCAUGAUCAGAGCGCUUUGCCAACUUCUGAGGCAAGAAUGA